GUUUAUUUUCGUGUUAAUUUUUCUCACCGGGAACUGUUUCUCUUUAACUGAUACUGUAUCUUAGAAAUUUUUCAUUUCCUUUCCUCCAAUAGAUAACAUACUUGUGCUCAUUUUGUUCAAUUAAGAAACGCGUUCAAGUUACACGCAUAUUUUAUAUCAACCUUCUUCUUCUUCGUCGUCGUCGUCAUCGUCGUCGUCGUCAUCGUCGUCGUCGUUUCUUGUGUUUUUUUCCACACCGCGACCGAUCGCGACCGAAUGCCACUGAACAAUCUCGCUUCGCCACAGUAAUUCGAAAGAGGAAAAUAUCGUCGUGUUCGUCGGGGGAACGGCCAUCGAUGAACGCUGUUUCUGGGACCAUCGACGUUGCGUGUCGUGCACUGACAGACAGAUUCACAGAGAGCUUGGAUCCCCCCGCCUCACUCCUUUGCGGCAUUGUUCGAUGCUUAGCAUCCAACUUGCGGCACUAAUUGUUGCUGUCCUUCUGGGGACAGAAGUCUACGCUACAAAAGAUGAAAGACCGAUGCUAAGGCGCUCCCUCAAUUUACUGCUCACUGAUUCGCUGACGGUGACCUUCACACGGCGCGAACUUAUAUGCUAGCCAUGGUCUUCAACGCUCGGUGACCUACAGCAGGUUGUGAGACUUCUGUAUUCUGUCACGGUUCGACAUAGCUCGUGCUGAUUCUCCAUGCUAGUCGAGCGAUUCUUUCUUUCAAGCGAAAGUAUUCUUUGUAAGUAGCUGGUUCGGAGUUGUCACUGUUGACUUCAAACAUUGGUGAUGCCACUAAUAGUUUUCAGGAAAUAUAUUUAAGAAAUGGAAGGAUGGGCUCGGAAGAUACUAGUCCUCCUGACUGUGCUGACUCUGUGCGAAGUCUUACAGUUCCAAGCCGCAGAAGCACAAAUUGUAAAUGAAUGCAGGACAGGGAGAGCACUAUGUGACAUCAAUGCGUUCUGCAUUGACACCGCCACCUCGUACUAUUGCAAUUGCAAACGCGGAUAUACUGGAGAUGGACGAUAUGGAGAAGGCCACACUGGAUGUGUAAAGCAUCGGUUUUCGAAAUGGCAAGUGGUGACAUCCAUCGUUGGGUCCAUUCUCGGUGCGCUUCUUAUUUUAUACUGCUGUAUUGCAUGUAUACGGGGCAGCCUGAGGGCCAGGUCUCGAAGUGCCAUGGAGCAACAAGGUGGCCCUGCUUACGGAUACCCUGCUCAACCAUAUCCUCCACAGCAAGGCAUUCCAAUGUACCCAACCAACAAGGUUCCUCCUCCAGCAGGCGUUGUAUAAUGGCUGCAGAGGCUGCAGAUUCAAAGGAGCCACAGGGCUUGGCAAUAACAGGGUAGUCUCUGAAACUGACCCACCUGGAGGAAGCUUGUGCACUACAUUAGGCACUAUUCGUUGUGGGUGCUUGCAGAGCUGCUCAACAUAUUCAAAAGCGUGUAAUUGUAGAAUAUCAUAAAGAAGCUGAAGUAUGUUCUGCGUACAAUUAUGCUACAGUUCAUCCUCCUGUCCCAAACAACUUUUACAACUUUUGAUACAAAGGUUAGAACAACCUCACCAACGUUGUCAAUAACCUAUCGUUAUUUAAAUCAAUUGUAUAUGUUCGGAACUCUUGCACAA